GGUCACUGUGGCGUGUGUAGUGAUGGUGUGGGGUUACCAUGCCCACCACCUUUAUCCCAGACCACACGAGACACACUACGGAAAACAAGAGCAGCAGCGCGACCCUGCACAGGCUGCCUUGCAUGCUGAAGAUACUGGCUCUGAAGGCGAAAAGCGAUUCCGAAGGUACCUGGGUGAUGGCCACAUCGGGUCUGAUGACCCACGGGGCAAAAUACCUUCCCGUCCCGCCCUCGUUGUCUGUGAGCAGCUUCUCGUACUGCAGCACACGUCCCCUGAAGGACACAUUGUUGCCUGUACCUUCAGUGAACGUCUCAUGACACAAGAAGCAAAAACCCUGCAGGUGGCGCGGUGGCGGCGAGAGACUCAAGCCACCGUGCAUUUUGUAACAGUGGACGAGUUUCUGGAAGUAGUGGAGGAGUGUUUGGAAUUGGAGGUUCCUCCCAUGCCCUCGCCACCCCUGUGGUCCUUUACCUCGCUGAUUCAGGGACGCGCCCCUGGCACUUUGUGGUGCGGGUUUGGACAAACGGCGCAGGAUAUGGCAGAGCUCGGGGCGUGGGGCCCAGUGGACCACUGCUGCCGCCUGCAUGACCUGUGUCCCGUCCAGCUGCCGUCCUACGUGUACUACCGCGGCGCUAUCAACACCACGCCGAAGCCAAUGAGCCACUGCCGGUGUGACCUGCAGUUCUCCGUCUGCCUUAGCAAGAUAAAGAACCGGGCGGCCACCAUCGUCUUCCACACAUACUUCAACCUGCUGUUCCGCGGCGGCUUCUGUGCCACUGUUCAGCCUCGCACGCCGCGCAUUGGUUUUUCCCGGGCAUUUGGCAAUCUCUGGACACAGAUAGCGACACUUCUGAGAUCAUGGACUGGUUUCCGAAAACACAAGAGAGCAAGGAGGAAGCGGACAACCAAUGCAUCAAUCACCACCUUAACCUCUUCCCAUCACCCUUCAACCACCGCCACGCCCCGCAUGUCCAUAAUACAACCACCGCAAACAACGCAAUUUUCUUCCUCUUUCUCCUACUCUUUCCAGACAGUCGACAUAACAUCCAUCGUUCAAAGGACAACACCAAAAACAACACAGGAACCUGAAUCUCCCUCACCACCGCUGGAACUCACCACAGACACGUGCAUCCUACACCACCUCACGCCACAUCUCAGUGCAGACAUCACAAAAGAAUCUAUCCACACAACACCCAGCAGCUCCUCACAGACCCCACCUCUGCACCACAUAAGACAACCCAACGAAACUCCUUUACAGUCUGAAAACACGUUAGAGAAAAACGUACAAGAGUCUGACUUCCCUUGGCAUGAACAAGGAACUAAGCGCACAUCUGAGAAGCGACCAGGCGUUUCGAGUAUUCUCAUCCAUGAUAACUUGACUUUGCUAAUCAUGUCCUUUAGAAAAUACUUGGAAGAAAUGGCCGCAGAAAUGGAGGAGAUGGAGAAAGAAGAGGAAGGAAAGGAAAUAGCAGAGGAGGAAGAAGAGGAAGAAUAGAUAUCAUUAGAACAAUAUCCAAUAAAACGUGGAAAGAUAGUAGAUGGAAAGUACGAAUCAAAGAACCUCUCAAACUUGCUACAGCAGGAAUGAAAGACUAGCCAUUAUGUACUGUAGAGUAAGAAUAAAGCUUGAUGAAUUAAUCGACCAGAUGUUAUGUGAACUAAAGACCACUCAGGUAGUGCCACUUAAUUAACACCCAAGCAGGUGUUGAUUAAGUGGCAACACGAGUAAAACAUUAAUUUGAGAGAGAGAGAGAGAGAGAGAGAGAGAGAGAGAGAGAGAGAGAAUAACCCCCUUUAGCCCAUAAAUUCCCGUGAAAACCCCACAUGGUUUAAAAAGAAAAAAACUCCUCCCAUUUUAUCUUUCGUAUUAUUAGCGAUAAGACUAACGCAAAUGAUCUCUUGACUGUGAACUUACUGCAAGGAGUUGCCAAUUACUAUCACCUUGAAAUAUUGAGCACUGGGAACUGGUGUCAAUUAGUAAUUAAAUUCUAAGAAAAAAGUU